UGCAGGCCCGAAGCGGCGGGAACGGCCACGUUCUGACGACCCGCGAAACCCCCGAGUUCCCCAACCCGCCUUUAGCUUGGGCCCCGCGAUCCUGGGAAGCCAGGCAGGGACUAGGGAAGGCGGCAGGCCACGCCGCCGCUUCCCCCCCCCUCAAGGCCCCGAACGUUCCGGAACGUGUGAAGCCACAAUGAGCGGAGGGAGCCCUCUGAGCACGUGCAGAGCGCGGAACCGUCCGGAGCCUCCCCUGCCCGGCGCUCGGGGCUCUUCCAGCCAAUGGCAGCCAGCCCAGCCUCUCCCGCGCCCCGGCAGCCAGCGCCCCCUCGCCAGGCGGAGAGCCGGAGCGCGGCCGAGCGGCGUGCCUUGCAGGGAAUAGGAAAGACAAGGAAGGAAGGAAACUCCUGAGAUGGGAGGGGAAAAAAAAUUUAUGCAUUCUAGGUCUCUUUCUCUUUUCUUUCCUCUUCCCCUCUGCUCCAGUGCUUCUGGAAAGCUGCAGCUGAUUCCUAAAGAGAGAAGGCUUCCCGGCCCCCCGCAGCCAUGCCCUCCAAUAAGGACGCCUCUGGCUGCCUCGGCUCCCCGCCAGGCUUGAUCUGCUUGCCGCCCAUCUCCGAGGACCUCCAGCUGGUGUGGACCCAGGCGGCCCAGACGAGCGACCUUGACGGGAACCAGCACCUUCUGCAGACGUUCAGCUAUUUCCCCUACCCCAGCCUUUCCGACCUGGCUUUGCUCUGCCUGCGUCACGGCCUGCACAUGGAGAAGGUGAAGGCUUGGUUCAUGGCGCAGCGGCUGCGCUGCGGCAUCAGCUGGAGCGCCGAGGAGAUCGAAGAGACUCGGGCUCGCCUCAUCUACCACCAGGACCAACUUCACUUUAGCUGCCUGCUUGCUGGCAGCGAGGGCGACUACUGGCCCCAGACGUGCAAAAGCCCUUCCUACCACCAGCUGGCUCCCCACCCUCUGCACUACUCCAGCAAAUACCCAGAGAACCAGCAACCUCUAGUAACCUCCUUCAACCACUGCAGUACGGCUCAAGGAACAAAAGAACUUGGGACGAUCACUCAGGACCUUUGGAAACCGCAGGGAAACGACGCGCCCCGCUACAGGAAACCUCAGGGAAAUUUUGAACCUUCAGGGAUCGUGGUGAAUUUUCAGAAUGCCAAAGAGACCGUUUCCUCCGGUGCUUAUCCACCCGUCACAACGAUGGGCCUGGAUUACAGCCUCCAGGAUUCUCACACGAUGGCCUGGAGCUUCCCCGCGGCGUCCCAACCACCAGCCGAGCCCAUCGCGCCCGCGGUUAACGGCGGGCACCACCCGGUGAGCCUUCCGCUGGGCUCUCCGGUUAAAGCUGCCCCGUCCUCCUCUAAAGCUGCGGCCGGCCUCGCGGACCGUCAAAACCACCAGCCCUCUGUUAGUGACCAGCAAACUCCCUUGCCGGAGGUUUUACGGAAGCCUCGGCGGAAGACGAAGGAACAGCUGGAUCUGUUGAAGUCCUUCUUCCUCCAUCGGCAGUGGGCCAGGCGAGAGGACUAUCACCAGUUGGAGCAGGUCACUGGGCUACCACGAGCAGAGAUCAUCCAGUGGUUUGGAGACACGCGUUACGCCCUGAAACACGGUCAGCUGAAAUGGUUCCGGGACAAUGCGGGGCAGAGUCCGGAGCCCGCUUCCUCGGGACCUCCUCCGCAGCCGUGUGCCAACCCUCCGGACGCGAGCCCCCUGGAGCGGUACUGGGCCGCCCACGCGCAGCUGCAGGAGCACGACUUGCCGAUGCUCUGCCGCAAAUCAAGAAUGAGCGCCGAGCAAGUGUUGGAGUGGUUUCGCUCACACUUGCCGGCCCCCUGCGAGGUCGAGGUGUGUCUGGGGGAAGACGACGAGGUGGACGAAGAGGUGGCGGCAGCCCUGAUAAAGGCGGAGGACGAAGACUAUUACGAAGACGAGGAUGUGGAAGACGAGGAGGAGGAAGACUGAAGGACUUUUUGUGUGUGGAUGCUGGAGGUUUUGGACUUCUCCGAGGAGCAGAGAGAGAGAGAGAGAAGAGAGAGAGAGAGAGAGAGAGAGAGGGUUUCUGCUCCAGCCAUUUCCUGCUGUUAGCCGUGACCCCCGUCACUCACGUUCUAGAAUGUGUUUUUUUUUUUCCUUUGAGCCUCUGAAUUUAAAAACAAAAAUAGUUUUGUUUCCAUUCAGUGUUUAUCAAGGCAGAAUCACGGUGGUAUAAAAAUGGGGUUUAGAUGCGAGUGGCCGUAAUAUGAAUCCCUUCGGCAAUCUGCUGGGUCUCAAAACGAUUUCUUUUGAUAAAGCUUUAAUUCGGUUGAUUGCAUUUUUCAGUUUCGUAUUGUUUCCCCGAGCAUUUUCCCUUAAAUCGUUACAAAUUUGUUGUCUAGGUCGCUAAACCCCAAAGCCCAACGAUUGCCUGAUUUUGUUACCUUUUCUACGGCUUGGAAUACAAAUAUUUUUUCAUUUACGCUCGGAUGUGCCUGUCUUGAUUCUGUUUGUUCCAAUUCAUUUAUUUAUUUUUUUUAUUCGAGUUUAAAAAUUGGAUCGUUCGUUACCAGAGUGGCAGAGAUGUGGCAAACCCCACUCUUUUCAAAUUCUAUGAAAAUCAUAGAUAAGAUUUGACUGGUGGAAGCUCACAUACCAACUACAUUUUAUUUUCAAACAGUUAAAAGUAAUUGUUUGCUUUGUCAGUGCUUAUGCUUUGCUUUUUCUUUGAAAUCAAAGAAAAGUUAGAAGACAAGACUAAGGCUAACUUUCCUGUUUUCAUGCCUUCAAGAUACGUUGGGACUAAAAAAAAAAUGUUAGUUUUUAGACUGGUACACAAGAUGAUAAUUGUAGAUAUUAUAUUCAAAUGGAUAUUUUUGUCAUUUAUUUCCAUUUUCAUUCUCUUUUAUUUUAAAAAAAAAACAUUUUUGGCACGACUUCUAAUAUCUGCUCCCGAUGGUCCUUCUUUAUCAUGUGACUUUCAUAUCAUUUUGCUUAGUUGGAUUGUUUUCUUUUCCUUGUUCCGUUAGUGCCUUGAUUCACCAGCUUUCCCCGUCAUCCAGUUUUUCCAUUCAGGUCAUAUAUCUGGUCUGUACUAGUUGGUUUGAUGUAGUGAAUUGAAUGCCAGUUAGAGAUAGUGUAAGAUAAAAAGAGUGGCCUCUUGCAAAAAGAAUGGCAAACGCUCCUAAAUGCUUGCUAUCUUCCUCUGUCCAACUCUCAUUAUCCCCAGAUUGACGGGAAAAUAAACCCAUACAUCCUGAGAAUAGCUUUUGAGAUUAUUUUGACAGAAAAGAGGAAUUUGGAAGUUUGUGAAAGUAUUAAGAGGUAGGAGACUAGACAGAGACUAACCAUCUGUACUUUUUAAAAAAAUUAUUUAAUUAAAUAUCAUUUUCAAUUUUUUUUUAAAGUAGAACCUCUACAAAAAUAGCCUCUGCCUCUCCAGGCAAGAGAAUUUAAAAGUACUGAAAUGAGCUAAUGAACCUUAGAUAAAGAAAAAGUGGUACAUAGAUUAUAGUACCGUACUUAGUGAAACAUUCAAAGGCUGUAAUUUGUCCAGGAUAGAACUGAGCAGAAUAAUAAUUUGAUUUGUGGAUUGGUUACGUAAUAAAUUGAGUGAGUUACUA